CUCGAGCUAUCUCCCAUUGCUCCCUCCUCCCCCCUCUCUCUCUCUCUCUCUCUCUCGCUCUCUCUCUCUCUCCCCUCGCGCUGUGGGAAUCAAUGGAGGUGUUCUGCCCGUCGCCGCCGCUGAGCCCGGCGGUGGAGCGGUACGGAUCUGGGCAGGACGCGGCGCUCCGAUUCCUUCUCCGCCGCGCGUCGCCGGGGGUCCGGGACGAUGGCGGGAAGUUGUAUGUUGCGGUGGGGCGGUUGCCGGAGAAGACCCUGAGCUUGCUCCGAUGGACCUUCCGCCGCUUCGAGUGCCGGGAGAUCUGCCUGCUCCAUGUUCACCGGCCAUCGCCGUUGAUCCCCACCCUCUUAGGAAAAAUUCCUGUGAGCCAAGCUAACGAGGAGCUGGUGUCCGCAUAUAGAAGAAUUGAGAGGGAAGAGACGAAGAAAAUCCUACUAAACUAUCUUAGGUUCUGCGAUGAAGAACAGGUGCUUGCGAGAGUUGUGGUGAUUGAGACUGAUCAACUAUGGAAUGGAAUCGCUAACAUAGUAUCUCAAUAUAGCAUUAGGAAGCUUGUUAUGGGAUCGAGUACAGAGAAUUGCUUCAAGUUGAAAGGGAGCUUCAGCAAAACAUUGUUUAGCGCAAAGAGUGUGCCUCCAUUCUGCGAGAUAUGUUUUGUUAGCAAAGGCAGACAUAUCUGGACAAGGGAAGCCAGUGAACUUGCAGACAGCAUCGUGCCAACUUGUUGUUCAGAGAAAAUUUGGUCAAGUCCACAAAGUUGUAACGGUGAGCUACUGUUCAUUUCAGAGCUCACGAUGCAUAGUAUUCUCGGCGCUGAUCUUCAAGGGAUAAAAAACUUGGAGCUGAAUGGAUACAGGAGCACAGUUGGGAUCCCAACUGCUGACUCUAACAUAACUAGUAGCAUGAAAUUUGAAUUACCAGAACCUUGUGAUAAUUAUAUGGCUUCAUCUUUUGAUACAGAGCAGCCAAAUGAUAUCAACUCCAAGGAAGAUGAUGAGUUAGAGAAGGAUGACUUGUAUUGUCAGCUCGAGGAAGUAACAAUGGAAAUUGAAAAAUCAAAAAGAGAAGCAUUUUUGGAGCUUUCAAAGCGGAAAAAAUUGGAAUAUGAAGUUGCAGAAGCUAUCAGCACGGUCGAGACUUAUGAAGCUGCACAUGAGAAUGAAAUCCAAAUUAGAGAAGAGCUUGAAGGUCUUCUGAAAACUAUUAAGCAAGACUGCCAAGAGGUUUUAAGCCAGCGGGAUGAAGCUUUGCAGGAAUUACAAUAUUCCAUGAGAACCAUAGAGAUCCUUAUUGCUCAUGCAAAUGAAAUGGCUCUUCUGACUGAGGAAGCUGCCGGGGAGUUGGAGCUCAUCCAAUCGUCAAUUGAGAUUCUCAAGACACGAAGGGAGGAGAACAACGGGCCAAAGGAGAGGCGGCUUAUUAAUCACAGUAAUGGUUGCAUUGAGUUUACAUUGGCAGAUCUGCAAACCGCCACGUGUGACUUCUCAGAGAGCUUCAAGUUGGGACAAGGGGGUUAUGGUUGUCUUUAUAAGGGUGAAAUUAGGAACAAAACUGUGAUGAUAAAGCAGUUGCACGGCCGUAAUGCUCAAGGCGAGGUGGAGUUUCUACAAGAGGUCAAUGUUCUGGGCAAAAUAAGGCAUCCACAUCUGCUGACUCUUAUUGGAAUGUGCCCUCAAGCCCUGUCCCUCGUUUAUGAAUAUAUGCCAAAUGGAACACUCCAAGAUUGCCUCUGCAACAAAAACACCACACUGCGAAUGACCUGGAGGAUCCGAGCUCGCAUAGCAGCUGAAAUAUCCAGUGCACUUCUCUUCUUGCACUCAUCUGAACCUGAACAAAUCGUCCACGGUGACCUGAAGCCUGAGAACAUCUUUCUCGAUGACAACUACACAUGCAAACUUAGCAAUUUUGGCCGAUGCCAAUUUGCGCAGCAGGAUGAACACGACCCUUUCAUAUCCCGACACUUCGAACUUUAUAGUGCAUCAUUCUCCUAUGAUCCAGAGUACCAGAUGACUAAAGAGUUGAUGGUAAAAUCUGAUGUGUAUUCUUUUGGCAUCAUCAUCCUCCAGUUGCUCACUGGGAAACCAGCAAGGGGAUUGGAGAGUGAGGUUCGUCAGGCUCUAUUGUCUGGCAACUUGGUAUCGAUAUUGGAUGCAGGAGCCGGAGAUUGGCCACUUAUUGUGGCAAGAAGGCUCGCAGAGGUCGGCUUGCGAUGCCUCAACCCAAAUGCUCAAGAUCAACCAGAGCUGACACCUGAGCUUGUAAAUGAUUUAGAGCAACUGCAUGUGACAGAGGAAAGACCAGUACCCUCAUUUUUCCUGUGUCCAAUCCUUCAGGAGAUCAUGCAAGAUCCUCAAGUUGCAGCAGAUGGGUUCACCUACGAAGGUAGAGCAUUGCGAAAAUGGUUUAGCAGCGGACAAGAUACUUCUCCUAUGACCAACCUGAAGCUGAAAGACCGAAAUCUAAUGCCCAAUCAGGCUCUCCGUUUCGCGAUAGAGGAUUGGUUGUGUCAGUCUUGAAGUUAUACUGGUGUACAUUUGCUUGUGCUCUUGUAUUUUAGUUGUACAGACCCUUAGUUCGAGACUUCGAGACCAGAUACUGAGUGGUAUGAAGUGUUACGACUAAUUUGAGGAUAUCUCUGUAUCAGAUGACUCGUAACUAAUUUAUUUAUUGAUUGAUUUUUUGUUUAA